AUGUCGGCACCUCCCCCGUGGGGCUGGACACGGGCGAGCAGGCUGGUGCCCCCGAAGCGAGAGCUGGGCCUGAGGCCCCCGGCCCCUCAGUGGGGCUGCUCGCAGGGCAGGGGGCGAGGGGGUGUUGCCAGGCCCUGGAAGGUGCAGGCAGCAGAGUCGGAGAAGCUCAGCGCCUACCUGAGGCCCAGGCCCCGGGGCAGCGGUAGUGGGCGAGGCUGGGGCUCCUGCAGCUCCGGCUUCUGGAGGGUGAAGCUGAGGGGUCUCAGGAGGAGAGCCCACGGCGCCGCCCACCCCGGCUCACGCUCAGGGUCGGCCGAAGAGUCCCGUCUGGGCCCCCUUUCGGCCGGCACCCCCGGAGGCUCUGGGGACACGGUGGGGGGCAGACGGCAGGCUGGUCCUCCCGGAAGACAAGGUUCUACGGGACGCUGGGACGGGGUGGGGAGGCUUGGAAGCAGGGCUCGGAAACUGGUCCCGGAGAGAGGUGGGGGCUUGGAAACGGGGCCGCCGUCUCUCCCGUGCCAACGCCCCAGCUGUUUCUUGGCUCUUGGGCUCGCAGAGCGGGGGCUGCAGCCCGCCGCCCGCCGCCGGGUCCCGGCCGUCCACGCCCAUCCCUCUGCGGCCGGGAGGGGACGCCUGGAGGAGGCCGCGCACGCCCUUGUUCCAGAACCGGUGAGCGGGCCCCACACACCCACCGCCGCCCGACAGAUCCUGCGAUGUUUCCCAGGCAACUGCUUCAAUCUGGCCCGUCUACCAGGCACUCCGCACGCCCACGGAUGCUCUGCCUGGCUGCGGGCAGGCUUGCCAGCCUGGCACACGCCGGCCGGCAGGUGUGGUCCAGCGGAGCCCGGCGCCUGGCUUCGUCAGAGGGCCGAACUCUGGGGAGGAGGCGGCCCGGCAUUCCGGGCCGUCCUCACCUGGAGAGCAGGCACGGCCGGGGCACCCCGAGCGGGAGCCCUGCUGUCCUGUCACGCGGCAAGGGAGGCGGCGGCCGCCGCCGUGAACACGCGCCGCCCACGGCCAGCGUCACCUACAAGGCCGCUCCGCUUUCCAGGGCUCUCCAGGUCGUGCCCGCCAGCUUCGGCCCCUGUUCCGCCCAUGUGUGCCGUCCUGACCCCGUUUGCACGGUGGCCCGCGGGCAGAACCGGCCCCCCCAAAUCCAAGGAGGGGGCGGGGGGCUUAGACCGCCCCAGCUUGUUCCGGGCCAGGAUGUGGCUAGAGGCCUCGCGGGGCUCAAGCCCUGCCUCGGAGCGGGGUCUGAUUGGGAACCUCGGCCGGGCCCCCGGGGACAUCGGCACCUGUGGGAGGUCGGUCUCGCUCCCCCAGAGGGAGCGAGGGACCCGCACCCACCUGGCUCUGAGAGCACCAGGAGCCGAGACCUGUGCUCCCUGGUGGUGGAAGGUGGCGGGAGCGAGGGGCCCCUGACCGCCCGGCCGCACAUGUCCCACGCUGGACCCGGCACCCGGGAGGGGGUGGCACCGGCCCAUCACGCACAUGCCAGCACUGCCCUGCGGACGGAGCCGGGGAGAGCUCGGAGCGGGCUGCUGGCUGCGGGCUCCCGCACCCCUGCCCUGCACUUGCUGCUUUGCCCGAGGGGGCCUCUUCUGGCGGAGACGGUCUUCGUAGACGCGAAUUUGGCUCGUCCGGAACUUGUCUCCGCAGGGCGGGCAUCCGUCACAAUCAGAAAUGAUCUUCCAGUGAAGCUCCGCUCGCUGCCUGUCACCGCGGCGGGCGGCCCAGAAAACGUGAGCCUUCAAUCAAGUUCAACGUCCGACCUUCUCCUGUCCCACACCGCCGCUGCGUCGGGGGACCUGGCGCUUCCACUCCCCGUGCAAAAGGAGCCCAGGCCGUGUGAGGUCUACAGAGGAAGGCACUGGAAGGGGCAGGAAUAGUUGGGACACUGAACCACGGCGCUCAGCUCCCGGAGAGGAGUCAGCGCCUUCCUCUGCCCCAGGCGUGGUGCCGGCCCUCCCGCAUGUCCCCGUGGCCCGGACCGCAGAAGUGCUGGUGUUUCCAUCGAAGGCUUCGAGGCUGUGGAGGCUGAAGCCGGGCGCGUGGGAACCCCUGACACGAGCCGCUGGGCAGUCCCGGGGCUGCCGGGCUCCUGCGGCCUGCAUGCCCGGGGUCCGUCUGGGCUUCCCUACCCUGGGAGCAGGCCCUGUGGUAGGUCGCCUCCUCUAGGGACUCCCGGGACCCCCUGCUUGCAGCUCUGCUGGCUUAUGCACGUGGGGUCUGUUUUCCAUCGGUGGGCAGGCUCUGGGGGUGAGGGCCCUGCCUCGUUCCCCCGGGGGGCGUUAGUAUCUAUGAUAGUCCCCGACACAGGUAGACAUUCAGGGAGCCUUGGCGAACAGGCCCAUCCCCCCCCCCCGAAGGUCUGUCCUGGCAGCUGGAUGAAGGGUGACCUUGACCUCGGGAUGGGGGGCCUUGGGACUGGAGUGUGCAGUGAAUGGGGGGUGCCCAAGACCUGGGCUUGGCGGAGGGCAGGACCGUGACGCGCAGAGGGGCCAGGGUGAGGAGGGUUGGAACUGGGCCGUGGGAGCCCUGAGGAAGGGGGUGCAAGAGGAGAGCCCCAAAGCCGCUGGGGUCCCAGCGCCUCAAGUGACAUCCACGUGUCCACGGAGGGGAGCUUCUGCCCCCCCCCGGCUCCCUGCGCACUCCAGCCCUGGUGAGGUGGGGGGUCACCCAGGGGCCCGUCUUGGGGCCCACGGGGCACAGGGCUCCCCCGAGCAGCAGCAGCGGAGGGUGCCUGGACGUUUGCUGCCACCAAGUGGUGGGCUGGGGGCUCGCCGGCGAGAGCCCCCCAGCCAGAUCUCCGGGAGCCCCCACAGGCCCUCCCCUAGAGGCCCCCUCCCCAACUUGGCUGGCCACCUGGACCUUGUUGCCUCACUUUCCCCCCCCCCCUUAAU